AGGCGGCUUUGAUCAGUCAGUCCCCACCAGUGCAAGAGAGCAGAGGAGCUGCUCAGAUGUGCAGGAGGGGAGCAUCUCUUAUAUCUGACCUUUCUAGAGAAAACUGAACUCUGCAAUCCAAAACCACCGAGCGGAGCGGCGUGCGAACCACGUGAUCAAAUGCGGAAACUGGCCGUCGAAGAAAGUGCAGCCAAAGGGAGAGAAAGGGGGGUGGAUGUUUUUGGCGAGCAGAGAGACCUGUCAAAUUUCAUUUUGAGCUCCUACUACUCACUCAACUACCCCUGCAACCUUUCCACAGACGACCGCGACGAUUUCGGCUCUCUUUUUGUUUAGUUUGCAGCACGGCUUGUAACUGUUGUGCUGAAUUAUUAAACACGGCUCCCUGAACUAGAAGAAGGAAGUUCAAACCACAAGUGGCCCGAACCUUGCAGUUUGGGGAUUCACACUAAAGGUUGUUCUGAGUUCAGACUGGUGAGAUGGCAAGGCUGUGACAUUGUCUAUCCAAGUGUGUCUGUCUGUAUUGGACCAGUUCCCUUGACAUGGCCACUGCGAAGAAGAGCUCUGCGAAGGCGGGGGGCGUGCGUUUCUCAGAAGAACCUCCCGCUGCUGGCACCCCCUCCCACGUACACUUUGAUGAAAAACUGCAUGACUCAGUCGUCAUGGUAACCCCAGAGGCUGAUGGCAACUUCAUGGUCAAGGUUGGCUUCCUGAAGACGCAGCACAGGUAUGAGAUCGUCUUCACCUUGCCCGAGGUUCCAGCUCUGGGGAAGGACGUGUGCCCGGCGCCGGUGCCGAGUCCACACCUCCGGAUCACUGACAUCGCACCCGCAUCAGAGGGUGGUCUGAAGGUGACCUGUGAGUACAUGGCCCACCAGGAAGGGGUUCUCUGCGAGGAGGUGCUGCUGCUGAGCGAGACCAACGAGGAGGCCUGUGUCAAGGUCAAAGUUCAUGCAAGAGUCAUGGAUCGUCACCAUGGUACGCCCAUGCUGCUGGAGGGAGUUCGCUGUAUUGGUGUGGAGUUGGAGUACGACUCUGAGCAGAGUGACUGGCAAGGAUUUGACUAAAUAUCAAUUACACACACACACACACACACACACAGACUUCCAAGCUUGUGAGACAAAAAAGAAAAAUCAUAACUGCACGCUUUACCAAAUGUACACACACAACACACAGCUCCCAUCUUCCUGGAUAGAGAAAGAAACAAGAAGCCAGCACACUUACCCCCCUGGACCAAGACAGGAACGGAUAGUGGUUCUGGCGUAAAUUCAGAAACAUUCCUUCUCCACUGAGACAUUCACCACAAAAUCAGCAGCAUUUUAACGGAUGUUGUGACGUUGCUACUUACCCGCUCUGACGACAGCAUUUCUCAAAGUCUUCGUUUUGCCCCAGACCGCUCCCAUCAUGUGUACUGUGAUUAACCUGUGGUUUUUUUUUCAUUAAACCUCUAGAGGGCGGUAGUGCUCUCUGAACCAGUCCAGCUUCAGAUCCCUUUCACAGCCACUGAACUGCGGUUCGCUGUUUUCCCUGACGUGUAAACUGUACACUCACCUGUUACCCUGCAUGGAUUUAUAUGUGUGGCUGUAUACAAGGGCUCUUCCAUUCAUUCAGUAUCUUGAAACUGACCUAAGGGAAAGAAUAAAGCUUCACGUUUCAGGGAUGUAAGUGUCAGAUUGGGCGGCUGCACCCAGCCUGUAAUGUCUGUGUUUUACCACAAGGGGGCACUUCAGACCACUGUAUGUGAUGUUCCUUACCUCUGAAGGCUUAUGUGGACCAGCAGUGGUCCUUCACUCGGCUGCAGUCUGGUUACAUUUUCCCAUUUAAAGGAAAAAUCCACCAAGAUACACAUACACACUUCGAUAUCAUGAGUCUUUCAGGUCUUGUUUUAUGAUGAAAUGUCUUGGUUUACUUAAACCUGCUUUGUCUAUUUCUGCUUGAGUUUAAGAGUUCCUACAUUUCCCACGAUGCACUUCAACAACUCCAAGAAGAGCUUUUUACAUUCAACUUUGGGUUUUAUGCAUAUGUGGAGCAAGUUUUUCUUGUUGAGAAAAAGUGAUAGCACCGAGCCUCUUUCUCAAAACACAACAUGUCUUGUGGCUGCAUUGCAUUAUGGCACAUUGAGGCCUCUGCCAGUGGAGAAACUGAUAUCUCUGACUCCUCGACAAUGGAUUUUUCCACUUUAUGAUUGUUGAACAUCAGUUACAAAUAGAAAGUCUUGGAGGAAGCUCUUGCUGUUUGAGGGGCUUACACCAAAACUUGUUUUUUGUUGAUAUUUUAUGUAGAUUAAACUUUUUGUUGGAUAACACACUGCAGUGUAGUUGUGCUGGAGAUAUCUUGACAUGACGUCACGUUUGACUAGUCAGUCAUUGGAAUAAACCUGCGGCCGCACUGAUCCAUCAUAACUGUCUGUCAGUGUCUGUUUUUAAUUGUUUUUCAAUGAAGAUAAUUGGUUUGAUGAUGCAUUUGUUUCCACCGGAUUUGUGUUGGUUUUGUCAAACAGCAAAGUGUGAAACUUUUUGGAAUGGAUGGAAGUGUCAUAAUCCGUUUAUCCAACACCUAAAAGUUUUUUUUUCCUCCUGUUUUCAUCCAUUGCAUUCUUUUUCUGACUUCAAAUGCAACUUUCAUCAACCACUCAAAAGAAAUUCAAAAGCAAUUGGACAGACAGAUGGUCUCUUGGUCAAAUUCCUGCAUAACCAGUAACGGAUGUGACUGCAGCCGAAGGAAAAACUCACCACCAAACAAUAAAAUGAAAACACAAAGUGCAUCACUGAUAGUGUAAUCAAUGUAAAAGUAUUCUAAGGUGGAUUUUUCCUUUAAACUGGCCUUCCACAGUCAGCCUCCCAGGUGUAGGGAGGGAGAAGCAAUUUAUUCUUGGUUUGAAUUCGUCGAGCCUUCACACCCCACAUGAGACACAAGUGCCUUUCAUCAGUACUGUCUUGUCUUGCACGUCACCUGCCGUCCUGUAACUGUUUACAUCCUGGCACACACCCACCCGCCAAAGAGGGCGGCCAAUUUGGACCAGCCGGGCGGCGUAGUGCGUAGGGAGACCACCCCUCACCCGUUGACAGCAAACACCCUCUGUGCUGAACUGCCCUUUAGCAAGAUGCUAAAUUUGGAGGAGUGAUAGUGGAGCUAUCACCAUGGGUAAUGUGGUGAAAGUGGUGCCAUCAUGAUCCAUUGUGAUGCUAUAGCCUGUUUGGUUUUCCAGUAUUUAAUCCCACAUCCACCAGCUUGUCUCUCUUUCUUUCUCUCUUUCUGAUCAUUUGCCCUUUGGCCCAUUGCUCUCCUCAUGGUGCGAGUGCAGAUGAGAGGAAGCUGGAUAGGUAUGGACACACAAGUGGAUGGAUAGAUUGCAUUGCCUAUCUACUCUGCUUAGUUUACACUUGUACUUUUAGAGUAAGUGCCAUGUAUCGGCUGCACUGCAAUCUCACAGUCAAAUCCCCCUUUUUACAAAACCAUCAAAUUCCCUUCUCGUGAAUCAGCUCUUUCGUCUCAUUUGUUUUUGUUAUAUUUACAUUGAAUGCAUUCAGCCUUAAAGGAAAACAACUCGGUGUGUAAUUUCUCCACCUAAUAGACUCUGAACUGUUUGUGUAGUCCAGAUUAGAUAGAUUUAUUUGGUAAUUGCUGACGCAUAAUAGGUCAAAGUCUGGCUUGUUGCUAAUUAGUGUACCUUUGGCGAAACUGAAGUGCUCAAUAGGUUACUGUUUGGAGAAUGUAGCAGUUUAUUUGUUCAUAUCUACUCCCUGUAUGUGUGAUUUGUUACACUGUAUUUUUUAAUGUCAAAAACUAAUAAAAAAUGUGUAUAUGUAUGAGUUA